AUUAUGCAUUAAAAUUUUUGAUUUUAUUUUUUAUUAUUCAUUUUUAUUCAAUUUUUUAUUUUGCUUUUAUUUCUUAAGGUACACUUUAAUGUCGGUAAUAUGUUAUAACAGAAGGCAUAAGAACAAAUACAGAUAGGAAGAUCUAAGUUAACCAAUCUAUGAUAAUCGCUUUAACAAGAUAAUUAAUCCUAUUUCAGACCUUUCGAUAGUAAAUGUUACAAAAGAAAUUUUAACACUAUCAGUAACCAUAAGCUGAUUUGUCUUGAACUUACAGGGUUUCAGUUAAUACUUUUAUUAACAAGUAAACAUUGUUUCAUUGGAUGAUUCCAAAUUUCGUUACACGAAAUUAAAAUUGAUUGGUUAAAAUUCCCUAAGGGAAUUAAGGGUCACAUGAUGUACAGUAAAAUUGAUUGGUCUAUUAUUGUUAUGGAAGUUGUUGUUCUAAAGUCCUUUCCUCUGAAGAGCCAUAGAUUGUAUGACUCUGGUUUGAAAUAGUUUAAAAAAUAGUUUGAAAAUAAAUUGAGGAAAAAGGACAUCUUUUUGUAUUUUAGGUAAGUCAAAUAUUUUAAGUUAAUGUUAAGAGAAUGUUGUACUUUGUAAUUUUUGGGUGUUAUAACUUAUGUUCUGACUUAAAUGUAUAUGUAAUUGUUUUAACUACAUGUAGAAGUUAUUUAAUAUAUUACUUUCUUAGAUAAUAACUUAAGAUUUGUUAUUGGUAGCACUUGGCGUAAUUGUUUAAACUUUUCGUUCAACUAGUCGUUUCGUUUAAUUUGACCAGUUGGCAUAAUUUAAUAGAAAAGUAAACAUGGCGCUUUCUGUCAGUAGAAUUUAUUUCCGGAAACUUUAUAUUGUUAUUAUUUGUUGUACAAGAAUUCCCCUAGUACCAAAGCAGAACACUUGGUGGGGUAGUGGAUGAUUCCGACCUCUCAAAUUAGCAAGCGAGUAACCAGUAAAAUCAGCAAGCGAGUAACAAAUGCCACUUUCGUCUAGACCGUCAAAUUAUAGUUUGAGAAGUGUACAAACUCCGCCUACUGAGCCAGAACAGCCACAAGACCUUGGUUUGCCAACAUCAACAACACGUGAACCUGGUUUUUUUCCAAUGGCAGGUGCAUUUAGGAUGGAGGAUUUUUACGGGGAUGGGACACAGGAUAUUGUCCGUUAUCUGAGACGAUUCGAUGAAUACGUUAGAGCAACGGCUCUUAAAGAUGAACAGGCUGUCGCAUCACUUGCCUGGCAUUUGAAAGGCUUGGCAAGAUUAUGGUAUGAAUCGCAAAACAUAAGACCAGAAAGAAUAAAUGAACUGAAAGAUAUGUUGGUUGCAAAAUUCAAAAUUGAAAAAGAAGCAAGUCUAGAUAUUUACACUAUGAAACAGUCACCUGGUGAGACUUUGAACCAGUUUUUAAAUAGGCUUGAACAAGCUACAUACAUCAACAACAUUCCUGAAAAUGUACAAGUUCAAAUCGCACUUAAAGGUAUGGAAGGGAUGGUUGGCCAGGCAAUGGGGGCGCACGCUCCAAAAACAUUACAAGAAGUUCGAAAUUUGGCUGCCAGGAUGGGGGAUAUCCAUGGAAACAUAGGUGAUCGUGCCCAGAUUAAUGUGACAGAAACUUCUAAACUUGAACAGACAGUUGAGCAGUUGGUAGCAGCUGUAACAAAGUUGACAACAGAAAAGAACCGUGAAGGAAACAAUGAAGACAGACACUAUAAGAAUAAACAACAACAGGCUGUUCCGUCAUGUCAUCGUUGUGGAGGUAGGUGCUAUUCUGCUAAUUCUUGUAGAGCAAUGGGCAAAACAUGCUAUAAAUGUAAUAAAUUGAACCAUUUCGGCAAUAAAUGUAGAAGUUCAAAAUUCGGGCAUAACAAUAAUAGUUCUUUUAACAAAAAGUCUUGGAACCAGUCAAAUAAUACACAAUAGGGGUGCGUGCCUGUCUGCAGGUCACAGCCAGUAGAUAGGCAUAACAGUAUAGUUUACAAGCAAAUUGAUAACAACUUAAACAGUGCUAAAACUAAGGGAAAACAAACAAGAUUUUAUGAAAGAAAGUCUGAUAGUGCUCAUGUGUCAUAUAUUGAUCCAAAAUUUUCAACUAUAAUGACUAGAAACACAGUCUCUGUUAGUAUCAAUAACACAA